AUGGCGAUGGAAAGGACAUCGGCAAGCAUUGCAGAAGAAUACAAUCUGCAGAACGGCGACGGAGGAAAGAGGAGCACGGAGGCGAUGGAGAUGGAAUCGACCGAGAGGAUAUUCGAGAGCAAGAAGGUUCCGCCAUGGCAGAACCAGUUGACGGUUCGUGCAUUUGUUGUGAGUUUUAUUUUGGGGAUUCUGUUCACGUUCAUCGUCAUGAAGCUUAAUCUCACUACCGGAAUCAUUCCUUCGUUGAACGUCUCCGCCGGACUGUUAGGGUUUUUCUUCGUGAAAACAUGGACGAAAUUCCUCGAUAAAUCUGGUAUGUUGAAACAGCCAUUCACGAGGCAAGAGAAUACUGUUAUUCAGACGUGCGUCGUCGCCACCUCCGGCAUCGCAUAUUCCGGUACGUCCAAUCGAUUUAUCUCUCACACACUUGAAUUGAUUCCUUCAUGA